GCAAACAAAAAACGAAUUGAGAAAAAACACAAAGAAGAAAACUCACUGCAAAUGCAUUCGAACGUUUUUCUUAUCGAACCUUUUCCCAAUUUCACCUGAAGUAAUCUAAUCACCAACGUUAAUUAGGUGUCGUUUAUGGAAUGCAAUAACCGUAGUGUACAGUAGCAAUGGAAGGUGACAAACUGCUAAUGGCAGCGGGUGUAACCGCUGCCGUGGUUGUAGGAGCCUUUGUUUUUUGGGGUCCUUCGGGUUCUUCGCGUUUACGUCAACGACGUGGCCAAAUUGCUGGAUUGCAUAAUUUUGGGAAGACCUGCUUUCUGAAUACUCUGCUACAGGCAUUGGCAGCCUGCCCUCAGUUCAUAGCCUGGCUGCAACUGCACAAUGCUAAGGACAAAAAAAGCCUUAUCAGUUCGCUACAGAACGUGUUGGAAGUGGUGAACGGGACACACCCGACGCUUCGGGGAGAUCCGUACUCUCCGGGGGCUGUUAUCCGUGCCCUGCAUUCCCUUGGAUGGGUCAUUCCUCCCGAUGAGCACGACACACACGAACUGCUUCACGUGCUGCUCAAUUCACUGGAGGAGGAAGCUAUCAAACCGAAGAAAGUCGGUUGUCUUUCGGAUGCCCUUGGUGAGAUUGAACUACAAUCGAUUAUGCCUCCCGCUCGACCGUCGAGCGCGAUGCUGUCGGAUUUUUGCAAUACUGAAUAUGACGAAAGUACGAAUUUGACUCGUUACACGAGGUCUGAAGCGCACACUCCCGAUUCGCCACAUUCGACCUGCACGGAGACGGAAGAUUCGAUGUCGGUUCAGGACGGAUCGCUGAUGGAUUGUGCGGGAUCACCACCUUCGAUAAUUUCCACUUUCACUGGACGGCCAAGUCGUCCGAGGUCUAUCCUGGCCACCGAAAUGGUCGGCAAUGGUGCUUUGAACAAGCGAUCGUCUGGAUCGUGCCGAUCACUGGAACGUUUAACACGAGGUCCAGGUCGCGUCUCUGUUUGGGGUGACCGUCAGCAAAUUCAAGUUCCUCACCCGUUUCCAAAGAUGUAAUCGAAUUUGCGUUCUUCAACUAUGUAUAUAACUCAAUGUAUAAAGAGUGUUCGGUUGGAAUUUUUGAAUUGUUUUCAACAAUACGGAUUCGUUAGCUUCGCUCUUCUUAUAAACUCAGGACGUUUCCACAGCAUCAUGUUAAUAUCAGACACAAUUUAUUACUCUGUGGUGAUGAUUUAAUGGAGGUGAUGUGAACGAUUCAAGCAAAUAAAAUAUUCUCUCAACCUUAUCAGACAUAUUUUCAUCGUAUCAACGCUUCGACUGUUCAACUAUGACACCAUUUAUUUCAAAUUCAAAUUGACUGGAAAGUAUCGCAUCGUUUGAUGUUCAACAUUCGCAAAAACCUUAGCAAAUAAAUCAUGGAUCCGUCGAAAAAAAAACUGUAGAUCAACACCUUUGAAGAAUAUGAUUUAUGUUUUUUAAAUACAUACAUUGCUUACUUUGAUGGCCGUUUCUAAACAAAAUAAGUUCGGUAGAUUCGUCAAAAAGUACUUAGCUGCAGCUUACCUGGGUUCCAAUUUCCAACCCCGCACAUAGGGUCAGGAAAUUUUUGUUUUCCUGACCCAAAAGGCGAAUGACCUUAAGGUUAAAAGUCGGUGUCAAGGAUAAUGUGCGAACUUUCGGCGGGGAUCCAAAAAUGUUCAAUGUAUUUUGAUAUUAAUUUAAAAAAAAUAUCCGUUCAUUUAGCAUUUAAAAAAUUUGUUGACUUCGUUUUCUUCAGUAAAAAUCAUUCUACUAAAGAAAAUGAAGGCGCAAAAUUACUGUUUAAUAUUAAAUCAGCAGCUAUUUUGGUUUUUAAUAAAUAGGGACCUGAGAGUGUGUGACAGCUCCAAGAUCUCUAUUUAUGCGUCUUUUUAAUACCACACAUCUAUAGUGUUUUAAGACACCCAUCAAAGUAAGCGGCGGAAAGGCUCUGCCUCCGUCGGUGUAUUUUGUAUUAUUUUGACAGAUCCAUGAUUUAUAUGCUAAGGUAUUUACAAAUGCUUAACAUCAAAGACUGCGGUAAAAUUGCUUGUACGGAAACGCUCAAACGGUAGUAAAACAACAUAACCAACAAGAUAAGAAAAUCCCUGUCACUUCUGUUCACUAGAAAUAAUUUUACAACUCCAGUCAAUAUGAACCGUUUCGAUUGAUGAUCGCAAUUAUUCGCUCUGAAUGAACUGAACGGUCAUAGUUGAACAGGCGAGGUUUUGGUAUGGUGAUAAUAAGCUUGAUAAGGAACAGACUUGCAAUUUGGGUCUGUUUUAUUAGCUGAAACGGUUCACAUCCAUUAGCGGCCCUUACACGAGCAUUAUUUUUGUCAUUUUUAAUGAUGACUAAGUAAUGUUGUAUUUCAAAUUUGAUAGAAAUCUCGUCAUUACUGCACCAUUACACGUUCAUUAAAAUGAUAUUUUUUUUAGUAAUGACAUUUUUAAUGACUCGUGUAAGGGCCGCUAUUGAAUACGUCACAGAG